AUCGCAUUCGAUUGGGAAACUGGUUGUGGUUGCGUUAAUCGAAAGUAGGCUAGGAAUCGCAAAAAAAAGAAAAGACGAAGAAAAUGAUUUUGCGUGUACUGUUCUUAGGUUUAUAUUGUGUAUUUUUAAACAGUUCUGUUGUAAAAUCUCAAUGUCCAUGUGAGACCAAGCAAUUAUGUGAACCAGUGAAAAAUACAACGAGAAAAGAGGUUUUCAUGUUCUCUCUACAUGACAUCAAGCAGACAUGGAGUAGGUUUGACUGGACGAAGGUUACCACAGUGAUAAUGGUGGGCUAUGUUAGUCCACAGUUGAUGUGUUUUGCUCAUAAACAUGACGCCAGGGUGGUUACGAUAGGAAGUCUUCCUGUCAACAAUUUGACAAAUGUAGACGACAGAAAAAGGUGGAUUUCCUCGCAGCUCAAACUUGUUCGGGACAAUUUUCUGGAUGGAAUUAAUAUUGAUUUUGAGUCUGCCAUUCCACACAACAAACCAGACCUGAAACAAGCUUUCACCGACUUGGUUAAUGAAACGAACCAGGCUUUUAAGAAUGUUUUGCCAAACUACCAGGUCACUGUAGAUGUAGCAUGGAGUCCCUUGGACCAUGACAGGUGUAUUGAUAAUCGUUGCUACGACUACCCUGUCCUGUCAACAGUUAGUGACUUCCUGUUUGUAAUGUCAUAUGAUGAGCAGAGUCAGAUAUUAGGUGACUGUGUAGCUGCGGCAAACUCAGGAUUCUACAAAACACUGACUGGACUUCAAGGCUAUCUGAAGUAUGCCCGGAUUCCACCAAAUAAACUAGUUUUAGGUGUUCCGUGGUAUGGCUACAAAUACCAGUGCCUGAACUUUGACACAAAAACCAAAAAAUGCGAAAUUGCCAAAGUUCCUUUCCGUGGUGUGAAUUGCAGUGAUGCGGCAGGGAAGCAGUUUGACUUUCGAGUCAUUAUUCCAAUGAUGGAAGCAUCAACAUCCAAGAGAAUAUGGGACAAAAAUACACUAACUCCUUAUUUUUACCAAAAGAAUACAACAAGUGGCGAGUAUUACGAGGUUUGGUAUGAUGACCCGGAAAGUCUCUCUCUGAAGUACCAGCUGGCUGACAAGAUUGGUUUGAGAGGUGUCGGUGUGUGGAACGUCGACUGUCUGGACUAUGGCGACACACCGUCUGCAAUCAAGUGGCGCACCAAGAUGUGGAACAUGGUCCCGAAAUACCCACGUUGAGCUUGGUGCUCAAAAUUAGUGCCUAUUGUUUUGCUAUUGUUACAUUUAUAACCAGCCUCGGUGGUUCCAGAUCAUAUCAUCCACUAUUUUUUUCAUCCCUGGUCAUUUCAUCCACUUUUUUCUUUCUUUUUUCUAUUUUUUAAUUUAUUGCCAUUUAAGUUCAAAUCUUUAAAAGUAAUAGUAUUUGCAUUAUAGUUAACAAAUAUUUAUGUGACAUGUAUACAGAUGAUAGAUGAAAACAUUCUGUUUCAUCUAUUAAAAUGUUAUCACAGUUGGUAAUGCAACCCUAACUGGUAAUUAGUGUACCUGUGAGCUACAACCGGCCUCAGUGGCACAGUGGUUAAGCCAUCAGACUACAAGCUGGUAGGUACAGGGUUCACAGCUCGGUACCGGCUCCCACCCAGAGUGAAUUUUAACAACUGAGUGGGUAGGUGUAA